AUUUCUCAAACUUUAUUCUGAAUAACCACACAUGCUUAUAAUGGAUAAUAAAAAUUUAUGCGAUAUUUUAUGUUCGGUGGAUAACGGAAUACUAAACAUUAGAUUAAAUCGACCAAAAAAUAAAAAUGCUAUUACUAUUUCUAUGUACAAAGAUUUAAUAAAAAUUCUAGACGAAUCUAUUCAAAAUAGUACCAUAUAUAUAGUCAUCUUAACUGGUAAUGGAAGCUUUUUCAGUAGUGGCAAUGAUUUUAAAUCUUCAUUAACAAGCCAAGAUGAAGAUGAUUUUGAUAUCAAAAGUAAAAUUAAUAUCUUGAAAGAAUUUGUAGAAAUGUUAAUUAGAUAUCCUAAACUUUUAAUAGCUAUUGUAAAUGGUCCUGCAAUUGGAAUUGCAGCAACAAUGCUUCCAUUAUUUGACAUUGUAUAUGCAGCAGAUAAUGCUUAUUUUGAAACACCAUUUACAAGAUUAGGCCUUAGUGCAGAAGGAUGUUCAACAUAUACAUUUCCUAAUAUAUUUGGGAAGUCUAAGGCUAGUGAAAUGUUAUAUUUAGGAUAUAAAAUGAGUGCACUUGAAGCUAAACACUAUGGUUUCAUUAAUGAAGUAUACAAAUAUCAAAAUUUAGAUGAAGUUUGGACCUAUUUAAAAAUGUUGACUAAACUUUCAUUAGAGUCUAUAUUGGCAAUUAAAUGUUUAAUUAACAGAUGGAAUCAGGACAUUUUAUUGAAAGUUAAUGAAGAAGAAAUGACUGAACUUACAAAACGUUUAGAAUCUCCUGAGUGCAUAGAAAGAUUAAUAAGUCAUAUAUUACAUAAAAACAAACUUUAAGUAUUUAAUUGUACAUUUGCUGUCAUUAUAUAUGUAUAUAAUUAUUGUGUUUUCAUGACAUGAAAUAUAAAUAUGUGUUUUAUCA